AUGUGGAUAUGUAAAAAAAUAGAUCCAGUUGUUGAUAUUGUUAUAAUUGGAUUUGGGGUUCGGAGUAAAAGGUUUAUCGAAAUUUUUUUAGAAAGUAAGGAAUUAAAAGGCGUAAAUAUAAUAUUAAUUUCGAAGGAUAGUUUUAUAUUUUUAAACAAGGAUGUCCAAAAUAUAAAUGCAUGUAAAGAAAGUUAUGUUGAUUUAUAUAAAUAUUGCAAAGAAAGAAAUAUAUUAUUUAUUAACGAAAAGAUUGAUCAUAUAGAUUCAAUAAAUAAAACUAUUCAUUUUUAUUCUGAUCGAAAUAAUUUAAACUAUGAUUAUUUAUUAUGUGAUUUUGAUUAUAAAAGUUCGUAUUUAUUAAAUAAGGAUUUGUCUAAUAUGAAUAUAUAUCCUUAUAAAAAUAUAAAUUUAUUUUUUUACUAUAUACACAUUAUAUAUUUGUCCUUAAUUCAAGCAUCGAAAGCAAAUAAUAACAAUUUUAUAAAUAACUAUUAUAAAUGGAAAUCAUAUUUUACUGAGCAUAUAACAAUUAAAAAAUUUUACAAUUUUUUCUCAUAUAAUGAUAAAUAUGUAGAAGAUAUUUUUUUAAUGUAUGAUAAGGUUGUUUCUGGAUUUAAUUUUGAUAUCGAAAAUGGGGAUGUGACUCCUAUUGACAAUACUAGUAAUGUUGGACAAGGAAUAGUAUUAUCAUCUGAAAUAAAAAAUAUGCAAACAAAUCAAAAAAACGAAAAUGAUAAUUGUAUUUCACUUUUGUUAUUAAGCGAUAAUAAUGAUUUAGGGAAAAUGAUAUAUCUAUCAAUUAUUGAAAAUAUAAAAGAAAUAGCAUCAUAUGUAAAAAUAAAAUAUAUUUACAUAGAAUCAGAUACACAUAUAAAUGAUAAAAAAACAAAAAUUGAUUUUUGUGAAAAUUAUGAAAUUAUACGUUCUGUUGAAAGCAUCAAUAAAAUUGACAAUAAUUAUGUAAUAAAAUGUGUUUGUAAUAAAAACGAAAUAGUAUUGUAUAAUUAUAAUGAAUGUAUAAAUGUAACAAACAUAAAAUAUCCAUCUUAUUUUUAUAAUUCAAAAUAUAAUAUAUUAAAUAGUGAUACUAUUAACACGUUUUGCCAAUAUAAAAACGACAAUAAUAUAUAUUUUUUAAAUCAAAUAAAUAAUUAUAAUGAUUAUACAGUUUGUCGAACUAUAUAUUUAAACAUUUAUAAUAGUGUGUUUAAAAAUGAGUACAUUAGUAUAGAAGAAGUAAAAAGGCAAGAAAACGAGAAAAAUGAAAAUAUAAAAAGAGAGAAUCCAUCUUGUGAUAACCAAAUGAGUUCAACUUCCAAUAUUCUCGAUACAUGUGAAGCAAAAGAUAAAAAUAAUUGUAGUGAUAUAAAUAAAAAUUUGAAGACCAAAACGAACAAUGAUUUGCCUGAAUAUAUUUACGAUUUUUAUAAAAAAGAAUAUGAAAAAAGAUUAAUAGUAAGGAAAAAUACGACCUAUCAAAUUUCAAACAAGGUAGAAGAGGAUCCAAAUGAAAAUAAUACCCCUAAAGGUAAAUCUGGUAAAUGGACAAUAAUUGUAAAAAACUCCAAAAUUGAAAAUAAACAAAUAACUAAUAUAGAAAAAAGUGAAAAAAUUGAUUUAUACAUAAAAGAAAGUAUAGAUAAAAUAAUAAAUAGGAAUACAUGUGGAGGAUGUGGAUCAAAAGUGCCAUCAAAUGUUUUAUCAAACUCUUUAAAAUCAUUAAAUAUAUAUACAUCACCUAAUGUAUAUUUGGGUGUAGAAGGAUGUGAUGAUUGCUGUAUAUUUGUUCAUAGCAAAUCAAAAAGAAGUGAAGAAAGUCCUGCACUUGUUCAGACAAUAGAUUUUUUUAAAUCAUUUAUUGAUGAUGAAUAUAUAUUAGGAGAAGUAAUUGCUAUUCAUUGUUUAUCUGAUAUUUAUAGCAUGGGGGGAACAGGUAUAUGUGCUUUAUGUGUAUUAAUAAUAAAAGAUAAUAUUGAAAAAAAAUUACAACAAAGAUUAGAAAAUAUAUUAACUGGCUGUUGUCAAAAAUUAAAAGAAGAAAAAUGUGUCUUAAGUGGUGGGCAUACUUGUGCAGGGACUGAAAAUUAUGUUGGUUUGGCUGUAACAGGGAAGAUAAAAAAAAAAAAAAAUAAUAAUAAAGAUAAAGAAGAAAUUAGGAAAUCACAGAAUAACGAGAGUGUAUUAGAUAAGACAAACCAAGUUGGGAACAAUUCUAUUAAUAAAGUGAAUGAAUUAAAUGAAGCAUAUCAUUUUUUGCCCAAAGGGAGUAUAGAGGUAAAACCGGGGGAUGUAAUAAUUACAACAAAAGUCUUUGGAUUUGGAUUCAUUAUGGCUGCACAUAUAUCUAAAAAAGCAAAAGCUAGAUGGAUUUAUAAUUGCCUUGAUGAAAUGCUAAUAUCAAAUAGAAAAGGUGGAUUAUAUUUUUUAAAAAAUAAUGCAAAGGCAUGUACAGAUGUUACCGGUUUUGGAAUAUUAGGACAUUUAAAUGAAAUGAUUAAAUGUUCAAGAAGAGAAUAUUAUAUAAAAUGUGUAAGUAAUAAUAUUUCAAAUAACGAAAUAAAUCAAAAAGGUAAUGAUAAUAAAUGUAAUGAAUUAGAUAAUAUAAAUUUUAUUGGGGCAAAGAUUAAUCUGAAUAAAAUUAAUAUUGCAGAGGGAGUACAAGAAUGCAUACAAAAUAAUAUAUAUUCAUCUAUGUAUAAAAAAAAUCAUUAUUUAUGUAAUAAUAUUAUAAAUUUAGAUGAAGCUAUAUUAAAUGAUAAGUAUGGAAUCUUAUUUGAUCCUCAAACAAGUGGAGGAUUAAUGGCAAUUGUAGAAAGAGAACAUGCCAAUACUAUUUUAUCAGAUUUAAAAAAUAUGGGAUAUCAAAAUUCAUCAAUUAUUGGAGAAAUAAUAAAUUUGCAAUAUGAUAAGUAUCAAAAUGUAUCCAUAGACCAAAUAACAUUAAGCGAUUAUAUUAAUACUGAAAAUUCUAUAUACAUAGAAUGUUGA